GGGCCGCUGUUGCCUUCUUUGUUGCAGUUGUGGUAUAUUUUCUGCUGAGCCGCCUCUCCUUUUCGGUGUAUUAGAGAAAAACGGCAGGACCGACCGCAUUGUCUUCGUUUGUCAGGCGGAUAUGCACAAAGGCGACGCAAAUUUUAACAAUUUUCCUUCCGUUCUGAGGAUUGUUUUUCUUCGUAUUAAUUGUGAUUGUCUGUCUGCCAUCCAAAUGGAUUUUUAGGAAUCUUUCUUUUAAUCUUAACGACCCACAUACACAAAAUGAGACGGCAAGUACAGCUGUUUAUUUUACUUCUGGUUGUUUGUGAUGCUUUCGGGCAGGUCAGUUACUCUGUUCCGGAGGAAAUGGCGAAAGGUACCUUAGUUGGAAAUAUAGCUCUGGAUUUAGGCUUAGAUGUUAAAAGGCUAAAGCUGGGCAACGCUCGUGUUUAUUCCGGUGAUAGCAGAGAAUACGUCGAGUUAAACGCCGAGAGAGGAGUCCUUCUAAUCAGAGAGCGAAUAGACAGAGAGGCGUUAUGCGGUGACACGACGCCGUGCGCUGUGCAUUUUCAGAUUGUGUUAGAAAAUCCUAUGGAGUUUUACAGUGUUACAGUUGAAAUAACAGAUAUUAAUGAUAAUCCGCCAACGUUUGAAAAAAAUGAAAUUAAAUUCAUCAUUAGUGAGUCUGCUGUUGUUGGGGCUAAAUUUGAUUUAGAAAGAGCUGUAGAUUUGGAUGUGGGUAUAAACACUCUCCAAAGUUAUGUCCUAGAACCAAGCGAUAAUUUUAUGCUUAAAUUGCACAACCAAGCUGACGGUACAAAAAAUGUUGAAAUGGUCUUACAAAAGCCCUUGGACAGAGAGAAAAAUGAUUUUAUUGCGUUAGUGUUGACCGCUGUAGAUGGAGGAGAGCCACAGAUGUCAGGAACAAUGCAGAUUUUUAUUUCAGUGUUAGACGUCAAUGACAACGCACCCGUUUUUACGCAGCAGGUAUACAAAGGCACUGUAUCCGAAAAUGCUACAAAAGGCACAACUGUGACUUCUGUUCGUGCUUCAGAUGCUGAUCAUGGAUUGAAUGGCAAAAUAACAUAUUCAAUCACAAAUACUUUGGAUGACGUCAGACAUAUGUUUGAAAUAAACGAUGAAAACGGUGAAGUUAAAUUGAUUGGGCGGUUGGAUUAUGAAAAGAAAAGACAUUUCCAAAUCAAUGUACGGGCAAGGGAUAACGGAGGACUCACUGAUUCUUGCAAAGUUAUUGUCGAUGUCGUUGAUAUAAAUGACAAUGAACCAACGAUUAAAAUUAUGUCUAAAUCAACAAUUAUAUCAGAGAGUGCAAAGCCCAACACAGUUGUUACAAUGAUUAACAUUCAAGACCCAGACUCAGAUGAAUAUGGUAAAGUUCAAUGUUUUAUAAGUGAUAAUAUUCCUUUCGUGUUGAAAUCCACAUCUAAUAAUUUCUAUACCUUAGUAACAGACAGUGAUUUAGACAGAGAGAGAGCCUCUGAGUAUAACAUCACUGUGACCUGCUCUGAUGAGGGAGUGCCCUCCCUCUCCAGCAGCGUCACUCUCACCUUACAGAUCUCAGACAUUAAUGAUAACGCACCUGUUUUUGAGAGGAGCUCAUAUGAGGCCUACAUUGUAGAAAACAAUACACCAAGUCUCUCUAUAUUCACAGUCAAAGCAACAGACGCUGACUGGAACCAGAACGCCCGUGUUUCUUACAUACUGGAGGACUCCUCCGUUAACGGAGUGCCAGUCUCCUCGUAUGUGUCCGUUAGUGCUGAUAGUGGAGUCAUCCAUGCAGUGCGCUCUUUUGACUACGAGCAGAUCAAAGAUUUCCACUUCCGCGUAAGAGCGCAGGAUGGAGGCUCUCCUCCACUCAGCAGCAACGUGACUGUGAAAGUAAUGAUCCGGGACCAGAACGACAACCCCCCUCAGGUUCUGUACCCAGUUCAGACUGGUGGAUCUCUGGUGGCUGAAAUGGUGCCUCGUUCAGCAGAUGUGGGCUAUCUGGUGACUAAAGUGGUGGCUGUUGAUGUGGACUCUGGACAGAAUGCCUGGCUCUCCUAUAAACUGCAGAAAGCCACAGACAGGGCGCUGUUUGAAGUGGGCUUACAGAAUGGAGAAAUCAGAACUAUCCGCCAAGUCACUGAUAAAGAUGCUGUCAAACAAAGACUGACUGUUAUAGUGGAGGACAACGGACAGCCCUCUCGUUCUGCUACAGUCGUUGUUAACGUGGCGGUGGCGGACAGCUUCCCUGAAGUGCUGUCGGAGUUCACUGAGUUGACCCACGACAAGGAGUACAAUGACAAUCUGACUUUUUACUUAGUCUUGGCUCUGGCUGUAGUUUCCUUCCUCUUCAUCACGUGUUUAGUGGUUAUUAUAUCAGUCAAAAUCUACAGGUGGAGACAGUCUCGCAUCCUGUAUCACUCCAACCUGCCUGUCAUUCCAUAUUAUCCACCACGUUACUCAGACACUUUGGGCACAGGGACUCUUCCACAUGUGUACAACUACGAGGUGUGCAGGACGACUGACUCCAGAAAGAGUGACUGUAAGUUCGGCAGAGCUGGUAGUCAGAACGUGCUGAUAAUGGACCCCAGUUCUACAGGAACGAUGCAGCGGAUACAGAGUGAAAACAGCAUCCUGGAUGAACCAGACUCUCCUCUGGAGGUUGGUUAUUUUAGUUUCAUUUCCGUAGCAAAUGGUUUACAUAUGGAUAUUUUGAUGAUGGCAGGAGUAACAGCGAGACGGCAAGUACUAUUGUUCAUUUCGGUCCUCUCCCUCAGUGCAGCUGUCGGACAGGUCAGCUACUCUAUUCCUGAGGAAAUGGCGAAAGGCUCUUUCGUUGGUAACAUAGCUCAGGAUUUAGGUUUAGACAUCCAAAGACUGAAAUCCGGCAGGGCUCGGGUUUUUACUCGAGACAACACAGCUUACAUCGAGCUAAACAGCGAAAGGGGAAUUCUCCUACUUAAAGAAAGGAUAGACAGGGAGGCGCUGUGUGGACAAAUGACGCCUUGCGCUUUACAUUUUCAGAUUUUAUUAGAAAAUCCGAUGGAAUUUUAUAGUGUCACUGUUGAAAUCACAGAUAUAAAUGACAAUCCUCCGACUUUCAUCACGAACGAGGCACAUUUUAAUAUAAGCGAAUCUGCGCUGAGUGGCACAGCAUUCGUUUUAGAUCGGGCGACCGAUCUUGAUGUGGGCGAAAAUAGUUUAAAAGCAUAUGCUCUUAAACCAAGUGAUAUAUUUUCUCUGAAAAUAAAUAAUCAGGGACAGGGUAGUAAAAACGUGGAGAUGGUUCUGAAUGCACCGCUGGACAGAGAGAAAAAUGAACACCUACGUUUGGUUCUGACGGCGGUGGAUGGUGGCGAGCCGCGGAUGACGGGAACGAUGCAGAUUCACAUUAAUGUUUUAGACGUUAAUGACAAUGCUCCCGUUUUUACACAGCCCGUUUAUAAAGCAUUUAUAAAGGAAAAUGCACCAGUCGGAACUGUUGUAGGGACAGUUACUGCAACUGAUGCAGAUGACGGGUCUAAUGGUAGAAUAACUUAUUCAAUUUCAGCUAUGCUAGAUCAUGCCUAUGGUAUUUUUGAAAUCAAUAAAAGAAGUGGUGAAGUCACUUUGAUUGGAAAGGUUGACUAUGAGAAAACCAGAACUUUUCAGAUUAAUAUUCGAGCGAGUGAUGACGGAGGUUUAAGUGGUUCAUGCAAAUUAAUAGCUGAUGUAAUAGACACGAAUGACAACCGCCCCGACAUUCAUAUCAUGUCUAAAUCAAAUGUUAUAUCAGAAGAUGCGAAGCCUAACACCGUUGUAACAAUGAUAAAUGUAGAAGAUGCAGAUUCAUCUGAAAAUGGAAAAGUGCAAUGCGACAUCAAUGACAGUAAUAGUUUCAUAUUGAAGUCAGUUUCAGAAAAAUUCUAUAGUUUGAUGACAGACAAUGAUUUAGACAGAGAGAGAGCCUCUGAGUAUAACAUCACUGUGACCUGCUCUGAUGAGGGAGUGCCCUCCCUCUCCAGCAGUGUCACUCUCACCUUACAGAUCUCAGACGUUAAUGAUAACGCACCUGUCUUUGAGAGGAGCUCAUAUGAGGCCUACAUUGUAGAAAACAACACACCAGGUCUCUCUAUAUUCACAGUCAAAGCCACCGACGCUGACUGGAACCAGAAUGCCCGUGUUUCUUACAUACUGGAGGACUCCUCCGUUAACGGAGUGCCAGUCUCCUCAUAUGUGUCCGUUAGUGCUGAUAGUGGAGUCAUCCAUGCAGUGCGCUCUUUUGACUACGAGCAGAUCAAAGAUUUCCACUUCCGCGUAAGAGCGCAGGAUGGAGGCUCUCCUCCACUCAGCAGCAACGUGACUGUGAAAGUAAUGAUCCGGGACCAGAACGACAACCCCCCUCAGGUUCUGUACCCAGUCCAGACUGGUGGCUCUCUGAUGGCUGAAAUGGUGCCUCGUUCAGCAGAUGUGGGUUAUCUGGUGACGAAAGUGGUGGCUGUUGAUGUGGACUCUGGACAGAAUGCCUGGCUCUCCUAUAAACUGCAGAAAGCCACAGACAGGGCGCUGUUUGAAGUGGGCUUACAGAAUGGAGAAAUCAGAACUAUCCGCCAAGUCACUGAUAAAGAUGCUGUCAAACAAAGACUGACCGUUAUAGUGGAGGACAACGGGCAGCCUUCCCGUUCAGCUACAGUCGUUGUUAACGUGGCGGUGGCGGACAGCUUCCCUGAAGUGCUGUCGGAGUUCACUGAGUUGACACACGACAAGGAGUACAAUGACAACCUGACUUUUUACUUAGUCUUGGCUCUGGCUGUAGUUUCCUUCCUCUUCAUCACGUGUUUAGUGGUUAUUAUAUCAGUCAAAAUCUACAGGUGGAGACAGUCUCGCAUCCUGUAUCACUCCAACCUCCCUGUCAUUCCAUAUUAUCCACCACGUUACUCAGACACUUUGGGGACAGGGACUCUGCCCCAUGUGUACAAUUACGAGGUGUGCAGGACGACUGACUCCAGAAAGAGUGACUGUAAGUUCGGCAGAGCUGGUAGUCAGAACGUGCUGAUAAUGGACCCCAGUUCUACAGGAACAAUGCAGCGGAUACAGAGUGAAAAGAGCAUCCUGGAUGAACCAGACUCUCCUCUGGAGAUAAACAUUCGUGCAAGUGAUGACGGAGGACUAGUUGACUCGUGUAAAGUGAAGAUUGACGUGAUUGAUAUGAAUGACAAUAAACCUGAUAUUCAUAUCAUGUCUAAAUCGAAUGUAAUAACAGAAGACGCAAAGCCCGGUACUACGGUCACAAUGAUUCAUGCUAAGGAUGCAGAUUCAGGUGAAAAUGGAAAGGUCCAGUGCACAAUGAAUGAAAAUAUUCCUUUUGUGAUGAAGUCUACAACCAGUGAUUUCUAUAGUUUGAUGACAGACAGUGAUUUAGACAGAGAGAGAGCCUCUGAGUAUAAUAUCACCGUGACCUGCUCUGAUGAGGGAGUGCCCUCCCUCUCCAGCAGCGUCACUCUCACCUUACAGAUCUCAGACGUUAAUGAUAACGCACCUGUCUUUGAGAGGAGCUCAUAUGAGGCCUACAUUGUAGAAAACAACACACCAGGUCUCUCUAUAUUCACAGUCAAAGCCACAGACGCUGACUGGAACCAGAAUGCCCGUGUUUCUUACAUACUGGAGGACUCCUCCGUUAACGGAGUGCCAGUCUCCUCAUAUGUGUCCGUUAGUGCUGAUAGUGGAGUCAUCCAUGCAGUGCGCUCUUUUGACUACGAGCAGAUCAAAGAUUUCCACUUCCGCGUAAGAGCGCAGGAUGGAGGCUCUCCUCCACUCAGCAGCAACGUGACUGUGAAAGUAAUGAUCCGGGACCAGAACGACAACCCCCCUCAGGUUCUGUACCCAGUCCAGACUGGUGGUUCUCUGGUGGCUGAAAUGGUGCCUCGUUCAGCAGAUGUGGGCUAUCUGGUGACGAAAGUGGUGGCUGUUGAUGUGGACUCUGGACAGAAUGCCUGGCUCUCCUAUAAACUGCAGAAAGCCACAGACAGGGCGCUGUUUGAAGUGGGCUUACAGAAUGGAGAAAUCAGAACUAUCCGCCAAGUCACUGAUAAAGAUACUGUCAAACAAAGACUGACUGUUAUAGUGGAGGACAACGGACAGCCCUCUCGUUCAGCUACAGUCGUUGUUAACGUGGCGGUGGCGGACAGCUUCCCUGAAGUGCUGUCGGAGUUCACUGAGUUGACACACGACAAGGAGUACAAUGACAACCUGACUUUUUACUUAGUCUUGGCUCUGGCUGUAGUUUCCUUCCUCUUCAUCACGUGUUUAGUGGUUAUUAUAUCAGUCAAAAUCUACAGGUGGAGACAGUCUCGCAUCCUGUAUCACUCCAACCUCCCUGUCAUUCCAUAUUAUCCACCACGUUACUCAGACACUUUGGGGACAGGGACUCUGCCACAUGUGUACAAUUACGAGGUGUGCAGGACGACUGACUCCAGAAAGAGUGACUGUAAGUUCGGCAGAGCUGGUAGUCAGAACGUGCUGAUAAUGGACCCCAGUUCUACAGGAACGAUGCAGCGGAUACAGAGUGAAAAGAGCAUCCUGGAUGAACCAGACUCUCCUCUGGAGUUUUUGACCGCUUUCGUCAAUGAAAAUAAUUCACCUGGUAUGUCACUCCUCACCGUCAAAGCCAGCGACAUGGACUAUGGAAGCAAUGCGCGCAUUUCGUAUUUUCUUGAGGAUAGUCAGCUGAAUGGGAUGUCAGCUUCUGCUUAUUUUUCAGUGAAUGUAGAGCGGGGGGAGAUAGUUGCUGUGCGCUCCUUCGACUAUGAGCAAACAAAAGAGUUCCAUAUUCGCGUAAAAGCGCAGGAUGGAGGCUCUCCUCCACUCAGCAGCAACGUGACUGUGAAAAUAAUGAUCCAGGACCAAAACGACAACCCCCCUCAGGUUCUGUACCCAGUCCAGACUGGUGGCUCUCUGAUGGCUGAAAUGGUGCCUCGUUCAGCAGAUGUGGGCUAUCUGGUGACGAAAGUGGUGGCUGUUGAUGUGGACUCUGGACAGAAUGCCUGGCUCUCCUACAAACUGCAGAAAGCCACAGACAGGGCGCUGUUUGAAGUGGGCUUACAGAAUGGAGAAAUCAGAACUAUCCGCCAAGUCACUGAUAAAGAUGCUGUAAAGCAAAGACUGACUGUUAUAGUGGAGGACAACGGGCAGCCCUCUCGUUCUGCUACAGUCAUUGUUAACGUGGCAGUGGCGGACAGCUUCCCUGAAGUGCUGUCGGAGUUCACUGAGUUGACGCACGACAAGGAGUACAAUGACAACCUGACUUUUUACUUAGUCUUGGCUCUGGCUGUAGUUUCCUUCCUCUUCAUCACGUGUUUAGUGGUUAUUAUAUCAGUCAGAAUCUACAGGUGGAGACGCGAGAGGUUGUUUUAUAAAUCCAGCGGGAAUCUUCCUGUUAUUCCAUACUAUCCUCCCCUUUACGCAGACGUAAGCGGCACCGGUACGCUGAAGCAGGGGUUCAGUUAUGAGGUCUAUGGUACUACUGACUCUCGAAUGAGUGAUGUGAAGAACUCCCGACCCUUCAGCCAAAGCACUAUGAGUAUUGACCAAAGUGCUACCAGGACAGUUCAAAGGCAUAAAACCGAGUCAGAGAAUAUACCCACGGAGGUGAGGUCAUAA